AUGGUGUUCCGCGUGCUGUUCCGGCGGUUUCCCGGCGCCUUCCUUCUGCUGUUGUAUUCUGCUUCGCCUUCCUCCUUCUCCUUCCUCAAUCUUUCUCCUCCUCCUCCUCCUCCUCCUCCUCCUCCUAACCUGUCACCGCAGCAAUGGAGCAGGUCGACGACGAUAUCCCCCCGUCCCCCCCGGUCUAUUCCCAUCGUCGACUUCUCCUCCCCAACCAUCCUCUCUACCCCCGUUUUCCAACCCCAUUCUGCGCUUUACAAGCACUUUCAGAAUCACGACUCUCUCAAACCUUUGUCAGAACUCAGUUCGUGCUCCAUGAGCACUAUCAGCAAUCCCUUUCUUGACUUCCAACAACCUUUGAACCUUGUUUUAACCUCUCCCUCACGCUCGACCUCACACCCUAUCUUGACCUCGACCUCACACCCCCUCCUCGGAUCGCAGAUCUUAGAUCACGACACCAUGUUCGUGGUCAACCCCAUCGGGUCCCUAGGACUCAGAACCGGAAAGCCAGCCCUCGACAGCUGGAAGCUGAAGGUGCCCACCGACAUCAUCGAGUCGGAGGUCCACAAACUCAAAGAAUUGAUCCACGAUGUGAUGAAGACAACUGUUCGGCAAGACAUUCGAGACAUCUUGCGCGAUGAAUUGAAGGACAUCGUUCGCAGCAGCCUGGAAGACAUGAUGCAGGGGAUGCAGGCCAUUGUCCAGGACACGCAGGCACAUGUCCAGAUGAUCGAGGCGAGCGCUCAGGACAUGCAGACCGACGCUCAGAUGACCAAGGAACACACCGAAAGCCUGCAGACCGACGCUCAGGAGCUCAAGGAGUAUGUUCAUGGUAUGCAGAGCAACGUCCAGGACAUGCAGACCGACGUUCAGAACAUGCAGAUCAACGUCCAGGACAUUCAGACGGACGUUCAAUUGGCCAAGGAACACACUCAGAGCCUGCAGACCGACGCUCAGGAGCUCAAGGAGUAUGUUCAGGGUAUGCAGGCCAACCUCCAGGAGACGCAGGCAGAGAUGCAGAAGAUGAAGGCACAGACAGACAUUCAGAAAAUUCAGGCUCAGGACACGCAGGCACAUCUCCACAUGAUCGAGGCGAACGCUCAGAACAUGCAGAUUGAUAUCCAAAUGACAGAGGCACACACUCAAAACUUGCAGACCGACGCUCAGAAGCUCAAGGAAUGUGUGCAGGGUAUGCAGUCCAGCCUUCAGGAAACACAGGCAGAGGUGCAGAAGAUGAAGGCACAGGCGGAAAUUGAGAAGAUGAAGGUACAGGAACAGGUUCAGGACAUGCAGGCCGACAUGCAGAAGAUGCAGGUACAGACGGAAAUUCAGAUGAUGAAGGCACAGGAACAGGCUCAGGACAUGCAGGCGGACAUUCAGAAGAUGAAGACUAAGGAUAUGAAGGCGGACAUUCAUGACACGAAGAUCAACGUCCAGGACAUGCAGACCGAUACUUCCAAUUCGAAGAUCAACAUGCAGAAGAUGAAGGCGCCGGAACAGGCUCAGAAAAUGCAGGUGGACAUUGAGCACAGGAAGGUCAUGUUCCAGGACAUGAAGGCGGACAUUCAGAACACAAAGAACAACGUCCAGAACAUGCAGGAGAUGAAGGCCAAGGAAGAGGCUCGGAACAUGAAGGGGGACAUUCAUGACACGAAGGUCAGCGUUCGGGACAUGCAGAAGAUGAAGGCACCGGAACAGGCUCGGGACACGAAGGGGGACAUUCAUGACACAAAGAGUAACGUCCAGAACAUGCAGAAGAUGAAGGCACCGGAACAGGCUCAGCACGUGCAGAAGAUGAAGUCCAAGAAACAAGACAAGGACAUGCAGACAGACUAUGAAUCAGAAGGUAGCUCGACCGUGAUACACGACGAUUGCGAAGCUGAGUGGACGGCAUACCUGUGGCGACAGGUGUCGCAAACCAAGAAGGACCAGAGGUCAACCACUCCAUCAUCUACCGACGAAUGGAUGGAAAAAAUCAGGCAACUGGACGAGCUCAGUGAUAUAAGCCCUCUCCCCGAGUAUCGGGAGAAUUGGGAGGAGGGGGAAGAUGUGUGGUGGCGAAAAGCAUGUCAGCGGGAAUGGAACCGUUUCAAUUAUAGGACGGAGCACCUAGAGCCGCCCGAGUGGCAGAGAGAUUUCGUGGACCGACGCUUGAAAUAG